GGUUGAGGAGAGCUUCAAGACUCUGUUCUGGUCCAUAUUCGGGCUCUCCGAGGUGAUUUCUGUGGUUCUGAAGUAUGACCAUAAGUUCAUCGAGAACAUCGGUUACGUGCUGUACGGGGUUUAUAACGUCACGAUGGUGGUGGUUCUCCUCAACAUGCUGAUCGCCAUGAUCAACAACUCCUACCAGGAAAUAGAGGAAGACGCUGAUGUGGAGUGGAAGUUUGCUCGUGCUAAACUCUGGUUGUCGUAUUUCGAUGAGGGACGGACGUUGCCUGUUCCGUAUAACCUUGUGCCCACCCCGAAAUCCUUCUACUACCUGAUCCUCCGAGCCAAGUCCUGCCUUAUACGCCUGUGUAAGGGCAAAGGUCAUCGGCAUAACAACGAGCUGGAGAUGGGCAUGCUCAAUUCACGGCCGAAGGCUGAUCGUCAUCGAGCAAAUCUCAGGAGUCGAGAGGAGAACACCUUGAAGAAACCCAUCAAAAACCCCACAAGACAUCAGAAGAUAAUGAAGCGUUUGAUUAAGCGAUAUGUUUUGAAGGCUCAGGUCGACAGAGAGAAUGAUGAAGUUAAUGAAGGUGAACUGAAGGAAAUAAAACAGGACAUCUCCAGUCUGCGCUAUGAGCUUCUGGAAGAGAAAUCUCAGACCACUGGAGAACUGGCUGACCUCAUUCAACAACUCAGUGACAAGUUCGGCAGGAAUGCCAAGAAACAACCCUGAGACAGACAGACAGACAGAGAGAGAGAGUGAGAGAGAGAGUGAGAGAGAGAGUGAG